AUGGCCAAGAUCGCCCAAUUGCUGGCCUCUGCGGCCGCGCUGGCUGCUGGCGCCGCAGCCACGGGCAGCGAAACUGUCUUGAUCAACGAAAUUGGCCGUCUGAACAACCAGAGCCUGCUAUGGGGGCCUUACAAGCCAAACCUCUAUUUUGGAGUGCGGCCGAGGCUGCCCCAGGGCUUAUGGACGGGCUUGAUGUGGGGGAAAGCUGAUGAGUACAUGGACAUCCAGUCGUUGUUCCGCUACACCUGCGAGCAGGGCCAGGACAUUCAUGGAUAUGGCUGGGAUGAGUAUGACGCACGGACUGGUGGCGUUCAGACGAUCCACGACGAAGGCAACGGCAUUGACAUCACCACUUCUUUCAUCAAGGUUCCUGGCGGAAACCACGGUGGCAGCUGGGCUGCGAGAAUCAAGGGAACCGUCCGUGAUGAUGCACCUGACGACACCAAGUAUCUGGUGCACUACUACAUCGCCCAGGAAGGCCUAGGAGAUCUUGCUGUCCAGGGUGAGGAUAAUGAUGGGCUAGGAUUCGAAGGCGAUGUUACUUUGAAAGGAAAUUCCAAUGCCUUGGGCGAUUACACCGUCGUGAUUACCCAGGGAAGCGGCAACCACCCUACCUCUGACCAUGAACUAUCCGCCUCACGACGAGGAGAUACGACAGUGGUACGCAGCCUUAGCCUCCCUAACGAACACAUUUGGCAGGCGAAACCUGCGGUGUUCCAGCAGCUGCAAGAAUCCAUCCAGGAGAUUCAAAAGGAUUACACUGACGAGACUCUGCCUCCGCCAUGGCAAAUGUACCGACUCAAGUCCAACGCGGGCGGUGGUAAUGUCCACCUCAUUCAGAAGGCGUUUGAAGGAUCAUUCGAAUUCGACGUCAUUUUCUCAUCGGCCUCUGCUGGCAAGGAGUUGACAAGCCAAGACGUCACCCGAGAGAUCAAAGAGACCUCGGAGGCUUUUGGGCAGCGGUUCUCCAGCGUCUUUGAUUUGAAGGCGCCUUACAACGCUGACAAAUACAAAGAGUUUGGUAAGAGCAUGUUUUCCAACCUGAUUGGAGGCAUUGGAUAUUUCCACGGACAUCAAUUGAUUGAUCGAUCUUAUGCGGAUGAGUACGAGGAAGAGAACGAGGGCUUCUGGGAUGAUACCGCCGAAGCCCGAGCCCGCAAGGCCCAGCAGCUAGAAGGCCCUUACGAGCUCUUUACGAGUGUUCCUUCACGACCAUUCUUCCCCCGUGGAUUCUUUUGGGAUGAGGGAUUCCACCUGAUCCCAAUUGCUGAUUGGGAUAUUGAUUUGACGCUUGAAGUUGUCAAAAGCUGGUACAACACCAUGGACAGUGAUGGGUGGAUCCCCCGUGAACAGAUUCUCGGCCCAGAGGCGAGAAGCAAAGUGCCAGCAGAAUUCCAGGUUCAAUACCCCCACUACGCCAACCCGCCGACUCUAUUCCUAAUCAUUGAGGGCUUUAUGGAGCGCCUCCGUGGUGCCAACGUCAGCGCACCCGCUGAGAAGGAGAGCCUAUCUCAAAGACAAACGUUGUAUAAUGCUCAUCUGGACAACCUAGAGCUCGGUGGCGAUUUUCUCAACAAGAUAUAUCCACUUCUUCGACGGCAAUACGAUUGGUUCCGCAAAACGCAGAGGGGUAGCAUUAAGGCAUACGACCGAGAGGCCUUCUCCUCCAAGGAGGCCUAUAGGUGGAAGGGCCGGUCCGAGACGCAUUGUCUUACCAGCGGACUGGAUGAUUAUCCUCGACCACAGCCACCACACCCUGGCGAGCUCCAUGUGGAUCUCAUGUCGUGGGUUGGAUUCAUGACCAAGUCACUCAUCAACAUUGCGGACGCAUUGGGCAUGGCUGAUGAAAUUGCCGAGCUCAAGAAGAACCUAUUUGCCAUUGAGCGUAACCUCGAUGACCUCCACUGGUCAGAGAAGGAUGGGUGCUACUGCGAUGCUACUAUUGAUGAAUAUGAGGAGCAUGCUCUUGUGUGUCACAAGGGAUACAUCUCGUUGUUUCCAUUUUUAGUCGGGUUGAUGCAGCCUGACGAUGCUAAAUUGGGCAAGAUUCUUGAUCUUGUCGGCGACGAGAGUCACCUGUUCAGUCCACAUGGCCUGCGCAGCUUGAGCAAGCAAGAUCCGCUGUACGGAACGGAAGAGAACUACUGGCGCAGCCCAGUAUGGAUGCCCAUUAACUACAUGGCAUUGACACAGCUCCACAAAAUCGCGACUCAGGAGGGCCCCUUCCAAGGUAAGGCUCGAGGCCUGUACAACAAGCUGCGCACAAAUCUGGUCGACACGGUGUUCAAGAGCUGGGAGAAGACGGGAUUCGCGUGGGAGCAGUACAACCCUGAGACGGGAGCUGGUCAGCGCACCCAACAUUUCACUGGAUGGACAAGCUUGGUGGUGAAGAUUAUGGCCAUGGCGUCAUUAGACGAGGCGGCGCCGAUAAGGGAUGAAUUGUGA